GACAACGAAUGGGCUCUAACCUGUCCCCGUGGCUUUUCCCGCAGACUGAAAGCUAGGAGCGGGUCGCUUUAAUUCAGACGCCAGCCCCCUUUGGCGGAGAAAAAAGGCGCACUUCUGUUGAAAAGGAAAUCAGCCGGACAGGAUAAAAACCUCUGAGGUGGCUAUGAAGCUCUAAGUCUAAGAGAAAGGGCCAGGGUUGUUGUGAACUCCGUCUUACUGGAGCAUGAAGAAGCCGGUGCCACUAAAAGCUUUAGAGUGGCAAGAUGUCAGAAGAAUUAAACAUACCAGAAGUGGACGACCCUCCCGGGUUCCCCCGCAAUAUCAAGGUCAUUUCAGCUGGGAGAAAUAUUUAAAAGAGACAGGUGCCAUGGCUGCACCUGCCUCCUAUUUUAAGCAAAGCCUAACUCCUCCAGUGAAUGAGUUCAAGGCAGGGAUGAAACUGGAAGCCCAGGACCCGAGGAACACCACAUCCACAUGUAUCGCCACAGUGGUGGGUUUGACAGGGUCACGCCUGCGCCUCCGACUGGAUGGCUCUGACAACAAGAAUGACUUCUGGCGUCUGGCAGAUUCCUCUGAAAUCCAGCCGAUCGGGAGCUGUGAGAAGAGUGGGGGCAUGCUGCAGCCACCACUUGGUUUUCGACUGAAUGCCUCUUCAUGGCCCAUGUUCCUUUUGAAAACACUAAAUGGAGCUGAGAUGGCACCCUCUCGCAUUUUCCACAAGCAGGAGCCUCCCACUCCAGAGCAGAACCUGUUCCAAGUGGGCAUGAAGCUGGAGGCACUGGACCGUAAAAAUCCACACUUCAUCUGCCCUGCCACUGUGGGUGCACUGCGCGGUGUAGAGGUGCUGGUCACCUUUGACGGCUGGAGAGGAGCCUUCGACUAUUACUGCCGCUACGACUCGCGGGACAUCUUCCCUGUAGGCUGGUGUGCGCUCACCGGAGACAACCUACAGCCACCUGGCACCAAAGUUGUACUGCUGAAGAGCCUGGGAGCCCCAACAGACGGCAGUGUAGACAGUCCAGCAGCUAUGCCUCCCAGCCCAUCAGUGGGCAGACCUCCAGGCCAGAGGGGGCGAAGACCAGGACGCAAGAAGGCCAACAUAACAGGGACACUCCUGGGACCACAGAGCAUGCAGACAGGCAAAGAGCUGGUGCCAGUCAAGAUCCCCAAGAAACGAGGACCAAAACCGGGUAGUAGGCUAGGCUGGGCCAAAAGAGCAGCAUGGUUUGAAGAUGUCAUGGCUGGACCAGGACGGCCUGUUGGUCCAGGGCGACCAAGGGGCAGGUUACCCACCAACUGGGCCCAGAGGAUAGCACUGCAGCAGGCCCAUGCUCAGGCUCAGGCUCAGGCUCUGGCAGUCAAGAUUCCAAAGAAAAGAGGCCCAAAACCUGGAAGCAAGAGGAAACCUCGGGUAAUACCAAAUCAAGUCCCCACCUCUCCCACCAGCAGCACUCCGGAGCCUGACACCAGCACUGUGCCUCUGGACAAUGCCACCAUCCCCAAGUCUGCACUACAGGCCCCCACAGUCUGCGUGUAUUUGAACAAGUACGGCAAAGUGGGCCCUCACUUAGACCUGCGGCGGAUUCAACAGCUCCCAGACCACUUUGGACCAGGCCGGGCCUCCUCAGUCCUCCAGCAGUGUGUCCAGGCCUGUGUGGACUCUGCUCACAACCAGCGCACUGUGUUCUCCUGUCUCAAGUCUGGCCAGGGAGGAGAAGUCAUUUCAGCAUACUUUGAGCAGCAGCAGCACACCCUGACACUGCCCACAGUGAGCAGUGUGACCUACGUUCUGCGCUUCUUAGAAAAACUGUGCCACAACCUCCACUGUGACCCUUUGUUUGGAAACCAGCCCGUCGCCCGAGCAGCCACGCACUACAACAGCCUCUCCUUCUCCACAGAAAGAAGGGGAUAUGGGAAUAGUAUAACUGGUCCAGACAGGGGCAACAAACGCUCUCUUCAGGAGUCCUAUAAUAGCUCAGUACCCCAGAAGCUGGCCAAAAUGUCUCACCACUACACUGAUGGGGAAUCUUUCAGUGAAAACAGUGUUGUGGCAGCUGAGCAUUUGAAGAAAAGUCCUGUGUCUCCAAAGUCCACGGUCCAGUCAUCAGGCCUUAGGUCACCCUCCAAACUCAUGCAAAGCCACAACUCAUCAGGCAGCCUGAGGGAGAGCCCAAAGUCCAGUGGUCAGGACCCCAGUCUGUGGACAGUGGAGGAGGUGAUGCAGUACAUCAGGGACAUUGACCCAGUGCUGGCACCACAUGCCGACCUCUUCAGGAAACAUGAGAUUGAUGGCAACGCCCUUCUUUUGCUACGCAGUGACAUGAUGAUGAAAUACAUGGGCUUAAAGCUCGGCCCUGCCCUCAAACUCACCUUCCACAUCGAUAAGCUCAAACGUGCUUAAGGCUGUCAGCAUAGAGACCACUCACAAAGGACUUCCAAAGCACUAUACCCCUACUCCAACGGUACUUCUGCACUACAUGCUGGACUUUAUUAGACAUAUUACAUGUAGCAUCAUUCAUAAGAUCACCAUAUCUGGUGUUACAUUUAUACGGUUUCCUGAUUUUGAGAAUGUUUAUGUAGCACAAUCCAGCCUCAAGGCAGCAUGGGAUUUUGUACAAUAAUCAACUUGUUUUUAUGUUAAAGUAACGUCAAUCUAUUCGGUUUACUGUAAAUGCUCAGCCUCGUGUUACAUUUAUCUACAUAUCAUAUUUUCAUACAGAGGUGCUGCUUUGUCAGCAGUGUUUGUUACUAUAAAAAUGCAGAAGGGGACUUGAAUGAAUAAAAAUUAAACCCAAAUUGAGAAUACCAAAAGUCUUUGAGAAGGCUUGCAAUUAACAUUCAUUUAGUCAGAAAAAAAAAUUUAUUAAAGAAAUUAAUGUGUUCUAGAUAUUUGCUAAAAUCUCAUUGUACUGUAUUAUUUACUGUGUUUUUGUAUUUUUAAAACUUUUAUACUGUACAUGUUUGUACAAGGAGAUUCCAUGCUUUGUUCAAUAAAUAAUGCUGAACUUGAUACUUA